CAGUCGUGCUCGUGGCAGCUCAGCUAUUUAUACGCCGGCCCGCUCUCCCGGGACACAACGGCAGCCAUCUUCGCCGGAGCAAACCGAUAACAAAGAACAAGUCCAAGCUAGGAGUCAGCAAAGUGAGUGCAGGCAGGAUGUCGGGAGCACAGGGGGCGCACCCGGUGGGGCAGACGACGCCGACGACGUACGAGUCGGUGGGCGGCGGCGAGAACCGCACGCGCACGGACCUGAGGUCGCGGGAGGACCAGGGCAACAUCCAGAUCGAGAAGGUGCAGGACAAGGUGGAGGACGCCGCGUCGCGCAAGGUCGACGACCGCACCUUCGCCGCCAGGAAGGAGCCGGGACAAGGCGGCGAUUCCGGGGCCACCGGCACCGGUGCAUGAUCUGUUGUGACUUUGUGAGCCGUAGCCUCAUGCUCCGGUGCUCCAUGGGCAUGGGGUGACUGUGGUAGGUGCGCACUAGUGCUAGCGUUGGGGGACUGGCGCGUGUGGGCGUUGUGUUUGUAAGUGUUCGCGUAGG